AUGGUUCAAAACAAAGCCUUCAUCUAUAAGGCCAUCCCCAACGGGUGGCCUGUGGCGGGCCAGGACCUGACGGUGGAGGACAUCGGCUUUGACGAAAACGCCGCCCCUCCCAAGGGCGGGUUUACCACGAAGAACUUCUACGCCGCGUACGACCCCAGCCAGAGGGGACGCAUGCGGGACCCGUCCGUCAGGUCGUACUCUCCGGCCAUGAGCACAGGCAAGCCCGUGAUCUCCGUUAGCGUCAUCGGCCGGGUCCUGAAGAGCGACAACGCCGCGAUCAAGGAAGGCAGCGUGGUGAUGGUCACCAGCCACUAUACCGAAUCCUAUUCCGCGGUCGACGAGUCCGCCAUCACCUCCGGCAGAACCAAGGUCAUUGAAGAGAAGCCCGGCGUGCCUCUGACGGCCUAUCUGAGCUUGCUGGGCAUGACGGGCAUGACGGCCUACGGCUCGCUGCAUGAGAUCGGCACGCCCAAGAGAGGCGAAACCAUCCUCAUCAGCGCUGCUGCCGGCGCCGUCGGCCAGGCAGUCGGCCAGAUCGCCCUGCGAGAAGGCCUGAACGUAAUCGGCUCCGUCGGCGACGACGCGAAACUCAACUUCAUCACGAAAGACCUCGGCUUCACAUCGGGCUUCAACUACAAGACGGAAGACCAGCACGCGGCCCUGACGCGCCUAGCGCCGAACGGCAUCGACAUCUACUACGACAACGUCGGCGGGGAACUCCUCGACGUGGCGAUCACGCACAUGAACGACUUCGGCCGCAUCGUCGCCUGCGGGGCCAUCUCGACGUACAACAACAAAUCCACCGCCGACAACUACGGGAUCAAGAACUACGCGCAGGUCGUGCGCCGCCGGCUCCGCUGGCAGGGCUUCUUGGUCUUUGACCCCAACAUUGCGCGGUGGGCGAAGGAGCGGGAUGAGAACGUGAGCAAGUGGAUCGCGGACGGGAGUUUUAAGAGCGUCGACCAUAUCACCGACGGGAUUGACAACGCCGUGGACGGCUUUUUGGGCAUGCUCAAGGGCGAGAACUUGGGGAAGAGCAUUUUGAAGAUUGCGGAUCCGGAGUGA